AUGAGUGGCUAUCCUUACGGAAAUCCAGGCGGUGGUUAUCCGCCUCAGUAUGGUGCAGGGAAUAGUGGCUAUCCCAAUUAUCCACAAGAUAGUGGUUUUCAACCACAACCACCAAUGCCUUCGUAUAAUGAUAAUCAAUCAUGUGCAUCUCUCUAUGGUACAGCAGCUCCUAUAUCAAACAAUAUGAAUUACCCACCAGGACCUUAUGAUUCUUAUGGGGGAAAUCAGAUGCCGAAUGCACCGUAUAGUAUGGGUGGUGGUAGCAACUAUGCACCACCACCACCAUCACAGCCCAUGUUUGAUCAGCCUCCACAACCAUUUGGAGGUUAUGGAAGUUCACAAUAUCAGCCAUCUUUUCCUCAACAACCUCCACAACAAUUCGGAGGAUAUGGUAAUUCACAAUAUCAACAACCUGUACCACCUCCAUCUGGUGGAGUGUAUCCAAAUGCACAAGGACCGUCAAAUUAUGGUGUACGAGUACCACCUUCUUCAUACCAACAACCAGGAUUUUAUCCACAAGAGCAACCAUCAAUUUUACUUGCUAGUUUAGAACAAUAUCAAGGAACAGUUUUUCCAGCAGCAAAUUUUAAUGCCGAAGCUGACUGUCACGCGCUUAGUCACGCUAUGAAAGGAGCAGGUACAAAUGAACGUGCUCUCAUCGAUAUUAUUGCUAAUCGAUCAAAUUUUCAACGUCAACAAAUAAAACUUCAAUAUAAAACAAUGUUUGGUGUUGAUAUAGUCAAACAAAUUGGUGGUGAAUUAAGUGGUCAUUUUAAAGAAACUAUUACUGCUUUAUUUGAUGCACCAGCAAAUUAUGAAGCAUGGUCAAUACAUGAAGCAUUUAGUUUAGGAAAAGAAGGAACUUUACGAGAAAUUUUGCUUACAAGAGCUAAUGCAGAAAUUCGUGCCAUUGUUGAUGCAUACAGACGAAUCUAUAACAAAGAUCUUGAACAGGACAUUAGUCAUCGUGUACGUGGAACGGACUUUAAACGUAUGCUUGUUUCUGCUGUACAGGGUAAUCGUGAAGAAUUAACUCCACAACAAAUUCAACAAGCUCGUCAGAUGGGUAUUGAAAGUGUGAUUGAUCGUAAUCGUGCUCGUCAAGAUGCCGAUGAUUUAUAUAAAGCUGGUGCUGGUAAAUGGGGUACAGAUGAAAAAGCAUUCAAUGCAAUAUUUGCUCGACGUAGUUAUUAUCAACUUCGCGCUACAUUUGAAGAAUAUCAAAGAAAACAUGGAAAAGAUAUUGCACAAGUAAUACGAUCAGAAUUUUCUGGUGAUGCACAAGAUGCUUAUCUUGUUUUAAUAACAUGUAUACGUGAUCGACCAACAUUUUUUGCUGAACGUAUACAUAAAGCAAUUGCUGGUUUAGGUACAAGAGACUCAACACUUAUUCGUGUUAUUGUUUCACGUUCAGAAAUUGAUCUUGCACAAAUUAAACAAAGAUAUCAACAAAUGUAUAAUCGUUCAUUAGCUCAGGCUGUCGGAGGUGAUACUUCAGGAGAUUAUAAACGAAUCCUUUUAUCAAUUAUAAAAUGA